AUGAACCAAACUCAUCAAAACAUGAAGAAGUCUCUUCCAAAGUCUUCUGUCUUCAUCUUCGUUUUAACUCUUUCCUUUUCUACUUCCUGGGCAGCCUUAUCUUCUAUUCUUGAUGCUACACCAGGUUCUGAAGAUUUCAUAAGCUGCAUAAAAUCCAACUCCAAUAAUGUCAGCGUCUCUCAACUCACUUUUACCUCUGCCAAUGCUUCUUUCCUACCCAUUUGGCAAGCUGCAGUCCAAAACACUAGAUUCCUUAAACCUUCCACUCGUAGGCCAUCAGUCAUCGUUACGCCUGUGGAAGAAACACUGAUCCAAACAACUCUUCUCUGUGCCAAGGAACAUGGCUACGAGCUUAGAAUCAGGAGCGGGGGACAUGACUACGAGGGCCUCUCGUACACUGCUGAUGCUCCCUUUGUUAUGCUUGAUUUCACCAACAUGAGGUCUAUCGACGUGGAUGUAGCAAACAGUACUGCGUGGGUCCAGGCGGGCGCUGUGCUUGGUGAAGUCUAUUACGCUAUUUCUCAGAAAACCGACACCUUGUAUUUCCCGGCAGGAGUUUGCCCCACGGUGGGUGUUGGCGGAUACAUGGGUGGUGCUGGCUAUGGAAACCUGUUGAGGAAAUAUGGUACUGCUGCUGAUAAUGUUAUUGAUGCUCGCUUCAUGGAUGUCAACGGAAACAUUCUUGACAGGAAAUCCAUGGGCGAAGAUUUGUUUUGGGCUAUUCGAGGUGGUGGUGUUUCAAGUUUCGGAAUCGUUCUUGCAUGGAAGCUGAGGUUGGUUCCUGUUCCAGAAAAAGUAACAGUCUUUAUACUGAAUAAAACUUUGGAACAAGGGGCAACCGAAAUCUUCCAUAAAUAUCAAACCGUUAUACCAGCUAUUGAUAGAAAUUUACAUAUAAGAACACAGGUGUUCGAGAUAUAUAUCGGCAACACUACCAAGAAAACCGUCAAUAUUAUGUUCGAAGGAAUUUACCAAGGCACUACCGACACAUUGCUUCCAUUGUUGGACGAAAAGUUUCCGGAGCUCGGUGUUACACGAGAGAUUUGUGAAGAAAUUAAGAUGAUCCAGUCGACCCUUGUGUUUUGGGGCUUUCCGAGCUCCCUCCCGACCGAGAUUCUCACCAACCGGUCUGCCAUAGCCAAGCUCAACAACAAAAGUAAAUCAGACUAUAUCCGAAAACCUAUUCCCAUUAGCGGGCUAAAAAAGCUUUGGAAAAAGUUUAUGGAAAAUGAUGAAUCAGCGCUUCUAAUGAUCAAUCCUUUUGGAGGAAGGAUGGCUGAUUACUCUGAGACAGCAAUUCCAUAUCCUCAUAGAGCUGGGGUAUUGUUACAAGUUCUCAAGACUGUCAAUUUUAACGGUCAAGCUUCGGACACAACCCCUACCUCGCUUCGGAGGUUAUCUUGGUUGCGAAGCUUAGAAGAAUUAUUGACACCUUAUGUGUCAAAGAACCCAAGGGAGGCGUAUUCGAACUAUAACGAUCUUGAUUUUGGUGUUGGAAAUGCUAAUUAUCAAGAAGCAAGUGUUUGGGGCGAGAGGUACUGGAAGAGGGAUAAUUUCAAGAGGUUGAUUCGAAUCAAGGCAAAAGUUGAUCCGGAAAAUUUCUUUAGGCGCCCACAAAGUAUACCAGUUUUCUCAUCGUCUCUUUCCGACAUAUGA